AAUGUGCGUGAUUGCUAAACAAUGGCGAAACAGCAUCCAAAAGAUUACCCUGGAUUGAAAGCAAGAUUUUUCCAUAGUGCUGCAACAGUAGGUGAUUCUUCACUAUUUGUGUGGGCUGGUGAGCAAGCUGGUUUGCCUAAAGUACAUGACAGUCCAGAGAAGAGAAAAUUUACUAAUACUAUACAACACUUUACUGCCUCAUCUGGUCAAUGGUUUGCUAGAGAAACUACUGGUACUCCUCCAUUAGGAGUCAUGGGAUACUCUUGUGCUGCAAUAAAUAACCAUCUGUAUUAUUUUGGUGGUUAUUGUAAUCAUGACAACUGCUUUCACAACAGUAUUACACGACUGGAUACCAUUAGUCUUCAAUGGAGAGAAUUAGAACCAACUGAUGCAACUAGACCAGUAAUGAGGAGAGGCUGUGGGGGGAUGUUAUCAUUUGAACAUGAUGGAGUACAUUACUUGCUAAUGAUAGGAGGAAUAGGAUCUAAACCAGCUGUACAACUGCAGCAGAAUAGAUACAUUGAGACAAUGCAUGAAAGAUCUAGUGGAAGAUGGCGUACUAAUGAGCACUCAAUGUAUAAUUUAUCAUUAGAAAAAUGGGACAAUGUAUCUGUUACUGGUCAGUGUAUACCACCUGCUGAUGGUUUUGUUCUUGAAAAAAUCAGCAACACAAGAGCUAUUCUGUUUGGUGGAAUUAUACAGGAUGAUAAAACUGAGGCUAUUGCUAGCAAUGAUUUGUAUUUAUUAAGAAUAGACCUAUCGCUCACCACUGUGUGUAUAAAGAAGCCUGAAGCUAUUGACAAAUGGCCUGUGGGUAGAUAUAAUCAUGCAGGUACUAUUAUUGUAGCUGGAUUACUCUGCCCUCUGCUGGUGAUAUGUGGUGGGAUGAAUAAUAAUAAUGAUAAAUUAGAUGACUGCUGGAUGUUUGAUACUACUCAAUGCACUUGGACAACUUGGACAAAAGUAGGUCACUCAUUUAGUAAGAGAUGGGCUCAUUCCCUCUCAGUGUUCACUUUUAGUCCUCGUUGUUUUUGGAUUAUUACUGUUGGAGGAGCAUUUGUUUCCAGAAGAGAAGUUACUAGUGAUGAACUGGUUCAGUAUCCAUACAUAACAGUGAUGAAAAGCUUAGUUUUUAACAAAGAACAAGUUAUAGUACAAGAUAUACCGGUAUCAAAUAGUCGACAGUAUCAAAGCAUGUAUUUUCAGCAACUCCAACUAGGAAGAACACACUGGCUGGAGUAUCAAAAGCAAAAAAAGGAAGUACAAGUAUGGGAAGGGCACCAGCUUACAGAAUAUAAAACAUCACUAAAAGAACAGGAACUAGAGAUACAAGCUAUUAAACAACAAUUAAGAAAUGAGCAAGAUCAUAGCCAUCAAUUAACAAUAAAAAUAGAAAAAAAGGAGGCAGAACAUUAUUUAGAAUUACAAGAGAAAGAUCAGAAAUAUCACCAUCAAUUGCAAGAAAUUAAGGCAGAAAAGGAACUAGAAAUACAAAGAAUCUGCUUUCAGUUACAGGAGAGGCUGGAGAGUGAGAAGGCAGCAAAAGAUCUAGAAAUACAAAAUUGCCAUCAUUGGCUACAAGAAAAGGAGCAAGAGAUGCAAGAAUAUUACCAUCAUUUUGAUCAGUUAAAAGGGAAGGAGGCUGAAAUCCAAAGAUGUCAUUUUCAGUUGGAGGAGCAAGAGAGGGAGAAAGCCAAAACAGCCCAAGAAAUACAGAAUUAUCAUUACCA